GAUGCCGCCGCAGCAGGGCUCUGCCCGCAUGCGGCAGCGCACGGUGCUCCUGGUGGGGAUCGCCGUCCUGCUGGCCGCCCUCGUCCUCGCCGUCGUGCUGGCCUCUCUCCUGACCCACGGGAGGCACGAGGUCAGUCCCCAAAUGCUGAAGUGGAAGGACAGGGGAACCACUAAGAACUUGCAAGAAGUCAUCCUGGGAAGAUGCUACAACUACAUCACGGCGCAGCACCCAGAGCUGGGAGAUAAGGAUUGUCAAAAAAUAUGGGAAUCAUUAAAAGAUGCGUUCAUUUACAAGAAUCCCUGUAAUAUCACACCAGAAGAUUAUCAGCCUUUAAUGGAGCUGGCGAGUCAUCCUAUACCCUGUAACAAGUCACUGUUCUGGAGCAAGACAGGUGACCUCGUUCAUCGUUAUACAAAAUCCAAUCAAAAUUUCCUUACCUUGGAGGACACCUUGCUGGGUUAUAUGGCUGAUAGAAUUUCAUGGUGUGGAGACCCAUCUGCUCCAGGAAUCAACUAUGAAUCUUGUCCAAAACGAAGUGAAUGUGAGAGCAACCCCGGCUCUGUGUUCUGGAAAAUGGCAUCCAAGAUGUUUGCAGAAGCAGCGUGUGGUGUGGUUCAGGUGAUGCUCAAUGGAUCAGUAGAAGCUGGAGCUUUCAGAAGCAGCAGCAUUUUUGGAAGUAUUGAGAUCUUUAACCUGGAUCCAGAUAAAGUCUCUAAAGUGCACAUUUGGCUUAUGCAAGACAUUGGUGGACCUCAAAGUGAAUCCUGCUCAGGUCAUUCCAUUCAGAGGUUAAUCAGCAUUUUAGAAGAGCGAAACUUUAAGAUCAUCUGUGAAGACAAUUACAGGCCUGUUCAGCUCCUUCAGUGUGUGCACAACCCUGACCACACAGACUGCAGGCUUUGCACCAACAGCACAGCAAUUCCGUGAAGCAGAGUUCUCCGUGCUACUGAAGAAUUUUGUUACUUGUGUGUAAAGCUGGAGAAGAUGUGGCUACAUAGCUAAGAGUGAUAACAGUAGCGUGGUGUGUACUCAGUCCAUAACCAGAAAUCCUUGCUGUGAUACUAACAGCCAAAUAGCAGGAGAUGAUACCUGAGGUGUGGUGCUGUACACACACACACAGUUUCAGAUGGGCUGGGGCUGUGGUCAGUGAUUGAAGGCAGGUGCUUUGCCCUGGUUUGCUCCCUCCUAUACAGCUCCCCAAUGGCACAGAGCAGAGAUUCCCUGGGGCAUGCACAGAGAAGAAAAAGACUUUCCAGGAGGAGCAGGACUCCAAACAAGUGCUCAUCUUCCUUCCGAAAGGUUAAGCAGGAAAUUACAUGGGCAUGCUACACUUUCCUUGCAUCCCAGUGCAACCUUCCCUGGUUGAGGGGAACGUUGCCCAGUGGCACAUGGUAUAAAUAAUGAUUUUCCCAAGUACUGUGACACUUCUGACCAGGUAAAGCAAGCAAUGGAAUUGGCAGAGUAGUUCUUGCCUUUUAAUGGGAUCACAGUAAGCAGCUGGUGGGACAGCAGCUGAGCUGAGCCAAGAAAAAAUCAGAAACUGCUCAGGGGGUUGUCUGCACCUGUAAGAACUGCUGAGUGUGCAGCUGGGAGAGAAAAUAGUGAGACUGACUCAGAUAGCUCCAUUAAAAUCCUGCUGGAUACACCAUUGCUGGUCAGAUUACAUUUUAUUCUUAACAUAGAAGUAAACACUAGCGUUCCAACUUUCAUAAAAGGUCUCUCAGGCCACAGCUUGGCCAUCCACUGGAAUAGAAACAAACAUCAAACAGUUGCCACAAUAAGGAGUCUCUCUUGACCUGAGUUUCUACAGUGAAAGGUGAUGCCCUGAGGUGUAUAAUUCACAAGCACUGAGGUACUAUAGUGCACUGAAACAGCAGGUUUCACUAAUUUCCUUUGAUUUCUAUUUUACCUGUCUUUAAAAGUUUAUACUUUAAAAACAAGUAUCUGAGGCCAGCCUGUGGCCACAGCUGUAGUGCUUCUGUGCAGUGCCAUUGGCACCAAGAGGACAGAGCAGGCUUUACUGCAGAUAUACUCCUAGGUGCUGAGGUAUGACCAGCAGCUGCCAAACCUUUAGGCAGACUGGGGUUCCCAUCAUCCCACAGGGAGAAGGUUGUACUUCCACAUGUUUUAGUGACUACCCAGAUGCAAAACAUCGUUAUGGAACUACACAAGCUGGUGUAAUUUUGAGCAUCUCUAGAUAAACCUCAUCUCUUUAAUAGCAAUAGAAGGCCUGCACUGAACCUGGCUGGGCCAACCCAAGACCUCAUCCAUAAUGUUUACAUUAAGUGAAAUGUAUUUUUAUUUACAAACUGUUAUGUAACUACUUAGAUGAAUCGACAUAGACACAUACCACUAGUUUCAAAUAGGUUAUUUCUGACUAUCAGUUGAGUUUGUCUUCAUGCUCACUUUUGUACCUCUUCUGUUGCAAUAUAAAAUAUUGACUGUAAAAUCAAGAUCUAUAAUAAAAUUGCUGAUGACAAAUGUUCUUAAUUCAGUUUCACAUUGUGAAACGCAACCCCAGAAGGUUAAGAAAGAAAGAUUCUCAGAAGACCAAAAUAGGUCACUUCCUAAAAACAACUCAGAAAUCUGUUCAAUGUAUGAAGCACUAUAUGCAACCACCCAGGAGAGCAGAGAAACAGAGCACAUCCUCGCCAGGCUGUGUUCUCCAUCUGAUACAGAGAAGUCAUUGUCUUUGGAGGUGGCUGGAAGUGAAACAUCCUGAGUCUUUAUCUUGAGCAUAGAUUGUUCUUGGCCAUAAUAGUUAGGAAAGAUGAUUGUUCUUGUUGGUGGUUAUGUAGUAAGAUGCUAAGAAGCAAACUGUGCUUUUGGAAGCUGAGGUGCAGAAUUAAUAUGGGCAACUGUGCUGGAGUAAGUGAUGGCUUUGUAAUGCAGGUGGCUGGCAAGUCUGGGCUGCUUGGAUCACAUGCAUGGCAGAACAUGAGCAAGCUCAUUUCCAACAAACAUUUUUAUUAUGCAUGAUCACACAUCUGAAAUGCCGUGCAGACAUGCCCCACCAGAAAAGUAUACUUGCAAAUCCUACUGCUUUGCUGAAGACUUAUCAGGCAAAAAACCCUCCCAAACCAAACACAAAGUGUUCCAAAUUCACAGAAAAUAAAUAAAAGGAAAAAUAACUAUGCAUUUUCCUCACUAUUUGGAACAAAUGUUUCUUAAUGUGGUUUGGAAAAGGUUGAAUUUUGAAAAUAUGCUUUUAGUCUGAAAAAGCUAACUCUCAUAAUUUGUUCAAGGUAAAUAGGCUGGCUUAUGCCCCAGGCCCACAUCAAACACUGCUAAGGAGUGCUGCCCAGAAACACGAGAGGAAUCUGAGUUACUGGGUGAUAAGGUGAUAUCAAUGUUAUCGCUCCCAGAACCACACUGAGCUGGAAAAGCUACUUCUGUUACCCUAUCACAACAGCAUUGCUGCUCCCCUGGUCUUUGAUGCACUUCACCUGGCCAGAGCCUACAAUCAUUAAACUUACUAGGAAACAAAAAUAGAAAGAUUUCUUCUCCUUGGCAGCCAGAACUUGGACUUAUGUUUGAUUUCAUAUAAUAUAGAAUGGUUUGGGUUGGGAGGGGCCUUAAAGAUUACAUAGUUCCAAACCCCCUGCCAUGGGCAGGAACACCUUCUACUAGACCAACUUGCUCAAAGUCCCAUUCAGCCUGGCCUUGAGCACUGUAACAUGGGGAAAAAUCUUUGAGAGGGGCUUUGAUUUUGUUUAUAUGUAUAUUGGCAGCAUAUUGUGCAGUGGGUCUGGAUCUCCCUGGACUCUGGCAGCAGGGGAGUGGUUUUGGAUGGAACCUGAGGUAGUGGCAGCACUGCAGGGUCUAUCAGUAUGAGGUAGAAAUUUCCCCUUACUUUUUUUGGGCUACCCUUCAUGCAGGUACCUGAGGAGACUCCCUGAUACUCAAAACAGCGACCCUCGGACACUGGCUCGCAUAAGGUAUCUCAGUAGAAAGAAUAGAAAAAUGAGAUCACCAAGCAUUCAGGUGAACAGCUGAAUUUAAUAAAUUUUCUCAACACCAAUA